UUGGCGUUCGCGGGCGAGUGGGUUUAGUGGGGUUAGGUUGUGUUACUGACACUGACAGGUAUGGCCCAAAUGGCCAGCACCACUACCCCCACCAGCAAUGAAACGAGACGGUCCGUCCAAUCCGAUCCGAUCUCGUCCGUCCGCCAUCAGCCGAACCGAGAGAGACGACCGAUGUCGCCGCGAUGGCCACUCCUCGUCCUUCUCCUCCUCGCCGUCCUCGCCUCCGCUGCCUCAGCGCCGCCGCCACCCUGCAGCCGCUCCUGCGCGGCCCUCAAUUGCGACUCCGUGGGGAUCCGCUACGGCAAGUACUGCGGCGUGGGCUGGAGCGGCUGCGACGGGGAGGAGCCCUGCGACGACCUCGAUGCCUGCUGCCGCGACCACGACCACUGCGUCGACAAGAAAGGUCUGAUGAGCGUGAAAUGCCAUGAGAAGUUGAAAAACUGCAUGAGGAAAGUGAAAAAGGGUGGCAAGAUUGGGUUCUCUAAGGAAUGCCCGUAUGAAAUGGCUAUGACAACAAUGACUCAAGGGAUGGAUAUGGCGAUCAUGCUCAGCCAGUUGGGCAGCCAAAAGUUGGAACUGUAGCUUCACUUGAGGUUCAGGGUGGCCUUAACAGAAAUGCAUCCCUUGACUGGAGAUUAUUAGAAUUUACACAUAGUUUGAUUGUUGUUGUUUUUUCUUCGGAGGACCGCAUUGUUAUGGGCUGCCAAAGAGGGGGGAAAAAGGAAAAGAUUUUUUGCUGUCGCUUGAAUGGCCUCCCAAGCAUAGCAUUUUUCAAUAGAUUUGGCAUGUAAAUGAAUCAGAAAUGUCAAAGGAGAGAUUUUGGUCUU